AAUAAAGUUCACUUAUUUUAAUUUUUUUUAUUUUUUGUUGUUGUUGUUGUUGUUGUUGUUGUCAUAAUAGCGGGCAUGUUGUCACAAUGGGAAACUGGCAUAUUCUGUUUUUAGAGAAAUUUAAAAAGCAAAUAAAUAAAUAAAAUUAUAAAAAACAAACCAAACCAUGAAUAAUCAAAAAUAUGAAAAGCAAAAACAAAAACAACUGCAUUAAACAUUUCUUUUUCUAAAAACAAAUUGUAUUUAAACAUUUAAAACAUGACAACAUGCACCAACAUAAAAAAAAAAAAAAAUUAUAUAUAUAAAAUUAUGACAAUUAUGAAAAAUGCACUUUCCUGAAAGUAUGCAGUGUGGUUUCAAAAAAUUACAUUCACUUGUUUAACUAACAGCUAACAGCUGUUAUUUUUAAAAAUGUUAUUGAAAAAUUAAAAAGAGUAGCAGCUGCAUUAGCAAAGUAGAUAUAUAGCCUAUAUUUGAAUCCGAAAAGUAAGCCUCGACUAACUGCCAGUUGGUCACACUUAAGACAGUUUAUGCAACUGGCCACGGAUAAUACUAAUUUUGAACUAGCUCACAAAACUCCUGCUAGAGAAACAAGCAUUUGUGUAAAUUAUUAUUAUUAUUUUUUUACUCAAAACCUUAUAGCCGUUAUGACAAUUUCCCCAUGUGACAAAGCUCCUCUAUAACAGGCUACUUCAAAACACCAUUCAGUGCAUCAAUUCAUAAAUCAUUAAAAAUUAAAUAAAGUUUAAUAUACUGCAAACUUUUAUACUGCAGAAAAUACAUUUUCACACUCUAUUGAACCGUUCAGAGCACCGCAUCACAGGGAUCACCGCUGUCUGUGAUGCGUAAAAGCGCACGCCAUCCAAUCCAUUGACACUUGGCUCUAUAAAAACGCAGCGAGCUGUCAGUGCGCGUGAAGAAAAGCACAGACAACAGAAUUGUCCGAAAAACAUUAUUAAAAUGAGGAUAAAUAAACACCCCUCAUAGUUCGAUAUAUUUACAUCGAUUUAAGAUCCCAUGGUCUUAAAUAUCACCGUUGCAAUGCGCGCGCAAAGACUUUGUCUACGGAAAACUAUGAUGACAAUGUCAGAGAGUGGAGACAGGAGAAGUUGGAAUGGUAAGAUUCAGGAAUGAGUGACUCGAACAGGAUGGAAGAAUUACACUGAAAAACAGCAAUGCAGAAGACUCCAGAGAUGCAAGACGAGCGCACAGAGUACGCGUCUGGAAGUCUCCCGUUAAGUGAAUACAACGCGAGCUUCGUGGUCAACAGGACCAAUCUCUCGUGGAGUGACUUUCAGGAUCUAGCCGACUUGGAUAAACCCGAUUUUAUGGGAGACGGAUCUGCGGUCCUAAGAAUAAUGAUCUCCAUCAUUUACUCGGUUGUGUGCGCACUGGGUUUAAUCGGAAACAUCCUCGUCCUCUAUCUCAUGAAAUCCAAACAAGCAUGGAAGAAGUCUUGCAUCAACCUCUUUGUGACCAGUUUGGCGGUCACUGACUUUCAGUUUGUUUUGACACUUCCCUUUUGGGCUGUGGAGAACGCCAUGGAUUUCACUUGGCUGUUUGGGAAGGCGAUGUGUAAGAUAGUGUCUUAUGUCACGGCUACGAACAUGUACGCCAGCGUGUUUUUCCUCACGGCUAUGAGCGUGGCGAGAUACUGCUCCGUGGCUUCGGCGUUAAAAAGUAGGAGGCGCCGGUUGCGUUUCUCCGCGCAGUGGAUGACUGUCAUCAUCUGGAUAGCAGCGGUCGGUGCCGCUCUGCCAAAUGCGAUAUUUUCAACGACCGCCACCGUAUCUAACGAGGAACUGUGUCUGGUGAAAUUUCCAGACCGGAGCGGAGACGCGCAGUUUUGGCUGGGUUUAUACCACGCGCAAAAAGUACUUCUGGGGUUCCUCAUUCCGUUUGGAAUAAUCACGAUCUGUUACCUGCUUCUUUUGCGCUUCAUUACUAACAAAAAUGUGAACACCUCAAGCGCUAAGAGAAGAUCCAAAGUGACCAAAUCUGUGACUAUCGUCGUUUUGUCUUUUUUCAUGUGCUGGCUGCCGAAUCAGGCGUUAACAGCGUGGGGUAUCUUAAUAAAACUCAAUGUAGUGCACUUCAGUUACGAGUAUUACACCACACAGGUGUAUAUCUUUCCAGUCACCGUCUGUUUGGCACAUUCAAACAGCUGUCUCAAUCCCAUUCUGUACUGUUUGAUGAGAAGGGAAUUCAGAAAGGCGUUGAAAAAGCUAUUUUGGCAAAUUACAUCGCCUUCUGUGACGAACAUGAGACCGUUUACCGCCUCCACGAAGCCAGAGCAGGAUGAACACGGUCCCGCGCUGGUUCCGCUCAGUCCCGCGGAGCCCGCGCUUAUUUUCUAUCCUCCGGGUGCCGUCAUGUAUAACGGAAGAAACGACCUUCUGCCUAACAGCACUUAACGAGAAGUUAUGCUGAAUAAGUUUUCAGACUCAAACAAAAUAGCUAAUUAGCUUAGCCUACGGCUCUCUGCCAACUAACGUUAACUAAGCUAAACGAGUUAACCAGCGCGCAGAACCGCAGACUAAAAGCCGUUCUGGAAUACCUUUUAGAAGUGGAUGGGAACCUCUCCAAUUCAAAACAUUCCUUAAUUACACGGCUCUAAAUCCAAUCCGAGUUUUACAUUCAACGCUCCACUCUCACUAGUGAGAGAAACCGUUUCCAAGCGUUGUUCAAGUUCCACUCCGCAUUGCUCAUUAUUCUGGAGCUGUGAAAACAAUCAAAUUAAAGCGAAAAGGUGUUAUAAUUCUUUAUAGCCUAUCCACAGAGCACAAUAUGUGGAUCUAUAUACUUUAAUGUAUCAGAUGGUUUACAAAGAAAUAUAAAUUUGUGUUUUUCACAAUGAAUGUGUCAACAAUACCUGAUAUUUAUUCACCUAAUUAACAGUAUAGUACAAAUGUGUAUUUUUGGAUAAUCAUUACCCUAAGAAACCAUUAACCUGCUGAUAAGCAUCUUGCAUCAGGUUGAAUUUGCUGGUAAGAUAAAAAAAAUAAAAUAAAAAAAAAUCCUCAAAACAAACAUCCAUUACCAGACAAUAUACUAGCCUGAACAGGUUUGGAGCCUGCUGCAAACUAUCUUAGGCUUGUUGAUGUUUUUUCAUCACAGUAAAGAUCAAGUGAAUCAUUAAGAUGCUGUGUUAUCAUUAUAGGUCUACAUGUGAACUUGUGACAGUUAUUUGUAAAUUUGGUCAGUUAUUUGCAUAUGAUUUUAUUGAUUUGUCCAACUUUGUCGUCAGAUUAAAAAAUAACACCACAUGCUGUCAAGAUGUCGGUCCUAAUUAAAUCUAUAAAAAGGCAUAAAUAAAAUUAAUACAAGCUGAAACAGUUUACAUCUGAGGUACAACUCUCUGCCAACAGUUUAUUGAUUAUGAACGAAAUAAAGUCAAAUGAUCAUC